CAAUGAAUGCAAGCCCCUAUAUAACUACUCAUCUUGUUAUCGCACCCCUACUCCAACCCACCUAGACCACCCAAAACAUGUCCGAAGCAAUCAAGCGCGUCUUUGAGAAGAAGCGGGAGGAGGACCAGGCCGCGUUCGUGUCCUUCAUCACUUCGGGCUUCCCCACCGCCGAGUCGACUGUCCCCCUCCUCCUGGCCGCUGAGGCAGGCGGCGCCGACAUCAUCGAGCUCGGUAUCCCCUUCUCCGACCCCAGUGCCGACGGCCCCGUGAUCCAGAAGGCCAACAAUGUCGCUAUCGAGAACGGCGUUGACUACAAGCGCUCGCUCGAGUUUGUGCGCGAGGCCCGCGCCAAGGGCCUCAAGGCCCCCAUCAUCUUCAUGGGCUACUACAACUCGUUCCUUGCCUACGGCGAGGAGAAGGCUGUCAAGGACGCCGCGGCUGCCGGCGCCAACGGCUACAUCAUCGUCGACCUUCCCCCUGAGGAGGCUGUCUCGUUCCGCAACAUCUGCCGCAAGGAGGGUGUGUCAUACGUUCCCCUCAUUGCUCCUUCGACCACUAUCGACCGUGUCAAGUUCCUUUCCACCAUCGCCGACUCGUUCAUCUACGUUGUCUCCAAGAUGGCCGUUACCGGCUCGUCGUCUGGCGUCGGCAUGAACACUGCCCUCCCCGACCUCAUUCGCAAGAUCCAGAGCGUCACCCCCGUCCCGCUCGCUGUCGGCUUUGGUGUGUCCAACCGCACCCACUACGACUUUGUCACCUCUGCUGGCGCCGACGGUGUUGUCGUUGGCUCCAAGAUCAUCAACGUGAUCGAGGACGCUCCCAAGGGCCAGGAGGCUGCCGCGCUCGAGAAGUACUGCGCCGACAUGACCCUCAAGGGCCAGAACCCCCCUCCCCUCGGCCGCAAGAACCCCGCCAACGACGCUGCUGGCAAGCCCGACCCCGCUCUCCCCAUCCCUCCCUCGCUCGAGGCCGACAAGGCCGAGUUCGCUGUCAAGGCUGGUGAGCGCCUUCCUUCCAAGUUCGGCGCCUACGGUGGUGCCUACGUCGCCGAGUCGCUCGUCCAGUGCCUCAACGAGCUUGAGGAGGCCUACAUCAAGGCUAGCCAGGACCCCGAGUUCUGGAAAGAGUACGAGAGCAUGUUCGAGUACAUUGGCCGCCCCUCGUCGCUCUACUACGCCGACCGUCUGACCGAGCACUUUGGCGGUGCCAAGAUCUGGCUCAAGCGCGAGGACCUCAACCACACGGGUUCGCACAAGCUCAACAACGCUAUCGGCCAGAUCCUCCUCGCCAAGCGCCUUGGCAAGACCCGCAUCAUUGCCGAGACCGGUGCUGGCCAGCACGGUGUGGCUACUGCCACUGUCUGUGCCAAGUUCGGCAUGGAGUGCGUCGUCUACAUGGGCGCCGAGGACGUCCGUCGCCAGGAGAUGAAUGUCUUCCGCAUGAAGAUGCUCGGCGCGACUGUCGUCCCCUGCACUUCGGGCACCCAGACCCUCAAGGACGCUGUCAACGAGGCCAUGCGCGAGUGGGUCACCCGUCUCGACACGACCCACUACCUCAUCGGCUCGGCCAUCGGCCCUCACCCCUUCCCCACCAUUGUCCGUGACUUCCAGCGUGUCAUUGGCCGUGAGAUCAAGCAGCAGCUCGCCGAGAAGGCCGGCAAGCUCCCCGAUGUCGUCGUUGCCUGUGUCGGUGGUGGCUCGAACGCCAUCGGCACGUUCUACGACUUCAUCCCCGACGAGACUGUCCGCCUCAUUGGUGUCGAGGCCGGCGGCCACGGUGUCAACACCACCCUGCACUCGGCCACCCUGUCCAAGGGUGUCCCCGGUGUCGUGCACGGCGCGGCCUCGUACAUUAUCCAGGACGAGGGUGGCCAGCUCAUCCCCACACACUCGAUCUCGGCUGGUCUCGACUACAACUCGGUCGGCCCCGAGCACGCCUACCUCAAGGACCUCGGCCGUGCCGAGUACAUGGUCGCCGACGACAUUGAGUGCCUGACGGCCUUCCGCCUCACGACACAGCUCGAGGGCAUCAUCCCCGCCCUCGAGUCAAGUCACGGCCUCUGGGGCGGCUUCCAGGUCGCCAAGUCGCUGCCCAAGGACAAGGACGUUGUUAUUUGCUUGUCGGGCAACGGCGCCAAGGACGUCGAGGAGGUGCUGCUCACGCUCAAGAAGAAGGAGUGGGCCGACAAGCUCGACUGGCACGUCGCGCAGUAG